UCCAACCUGGCUCAGUUUCCUCCUGUUCUUGAGAGAACUGAAUCUGCUGUCCAGCUGCUGCUCCGGCUGGUCUCUGAGUUGAAGGUACUUGAAUAACUUGAAGGUUCCUAGGAACCUUCAUUUGUUGGAAGAUGUAUAGGGCUAAGAGGGCUGCAUUAUCUCCAAAGGUGAAGCGCCGUGUAGGGAAGUAUGAGCUCGGGCGCACCAUUGGAGAAGGAACCUUUGCAAAGGUCCGGUUUGCGAAGAACACUGAAAAUGACGAACCAGUUGCUAUCAAAAUCCUUGACAAGGAGAAGGUUCAGAAGCACAGAUUGGUUGAACAGGUCAUUCUCAGGCAUUUAUUUUUUGGAGCAAUUCUCAAUCAAUUCCCUUAUAAGGCAUUGCAUCAGUUUUUUUAUCAAUCACUGUGUUCGUCCAAUAUCUUUAAUUCAUAUAUCAGACUAACCUCUGUGAUUCAGUCCACUAGGAAUAUCCUUUUUUGAGGUAAACAGUCCACUAGGAAUAAAGUGGUCAAAAAUCGAAGUUUCCUAUAUCGCUUUCAGUAAACCAUACAGCCAAUCUUACCAUCAUUUGUAAUAGUCAACAAAGUUUACCUCCCAAAAAAAUGUAUGUUUCUUACGUAAUUGACCACAUGUGUAAUUGAAAUAUGUGAUUUUCUUUCAUCAACAUUUACUACAAUCAACUUGCAUCUUUGUAUCAAGGAACAAAACUGAAGAAAAAAUUUUCUUCCUUGGAUGUUGCCGUGCCAGCAUGGGAGCAUAGGAAGAUGUAACUUCAAUUAAGAAUGAUUCCGUGUCCACAUGACUACGUACAUAUUUGCAUGACAUCGAGAUAUACCCAAAUGGUGAUCUUCCAGUUGAAGUCAUAUUACCAACUCAAUUAGGCGUGAAAUUUGUACUAUGAAGUUAGUAAAGCAUCCUAAUGUUGUUCGGCUGUUCGAGGUCAUGGGAAGUAAAGCAAGAAUUUUCAUUGUUCUGGAAUAUGUUACUGGAGGAGAGCUCUUUGAAAUCAUUGCAACUAAUGGAAGGUUGAAGGAGGAGGAAGCACGAAAAUACUUUCAACAACUUAUCAAUGCAGUUGACUACUGCCACAGUAGGGGUGUGUACCACAGAGACUUGAAGUUAGAAAAUUUGCUGCUUGAUGCUUCUGGAAACCUGAAAGUAUCUGACUUUGGUUUGAGUGCUUUAACCGAGCAAGUGAAGGCUGACGGUUUGCUGCACACGACAUGUGGAACUCCUAAUUAUGUUGCUCCAGAGGUGAUUGAGGACAGAGGCUAUGAUGGGGCAGCUGCAGAUAUCUGGUCUUGUGGGGUAAUCCUUUAUGUUCUGCUUGCUGGGUUUUUACCAUUUGAGGAUGACAACAUCAUUGCUCUUUAUAAAAAGAUCUCUGAAGCUCAGUUUACCUGUCCCUCUUGGUUUUCUACUGGAGCUAAGAAGCUGAUCACCAGAAUUCUGGAUCCCAACCCUACAACUAGGAUCACCAUUUCUCAAAUACUGGAAGAUCCUUGGUUCAAAAAGGGUUACAAACCGCCUGUAUUUGACGAGAAAUAUGAAACUAGUUUUGACGAUGUCGAUGCUGCUUUUGGAGACUCCGAAGACCGGCAUGUCAAAGAAGAAACUGAAGAUCAGCCUACCUCUAUGAACGCGUUUGAACUCAUUUCACUGAAUCAGGCACUGAAUCUGGACAAUUUGUUCGAGGCAAAAAAGGAGUAUAAAAGAGAGACAAGAUUCACAUCACAAUGUCCUCCAAAAGAAAUUAUCACCAAGAUUGAAGAAGCUGCAAAGCCACUUGGAUUUGAUAUUCAAAAGAAAAAUUACAAGAUGCGCAUGGAGAACCUGAAAGCAGGUAGAAAAGGCAAUCUCAAUGUUGCAACUGAGGUUUUCCAAGUAGCUCCAUCCUUACAUGUGGUUGAGCUCAAGAAGGCAAAGGGGGACACUCUGGAGUUCCAAAAGUUCUACAGAACCCUGUCGACCCAGCUCAAGGACGUGGUCUGGAAGUGCGACGGCGAGGUCGAAGGCAACGGCGCCGCGGCGUGAACGUGGUUUUUGCCAUGGCUUUCGGGGCACCGGUUCUUCGUGUACAUAGCUGCUCUGCCAUCAUCAAUGGGGUGUUCGCCGUAGAGUAGCUUUUUGUAACAAGAGAAAAAGGAAAGAAAAAAAGAGAGGGAAAGAUUCGUUGGUUCGUUGAUAGGUAGGCUGCUCCGAUGAAACAACGGGCGCGAUGCCUGCUGUGGAUGAGCUUGUCGCCGUGUUAGUUCAUUUAUUCUGUGGCCUCGGAAGGUUGUAACGGGACACAAUCAGAUGCCGCAAUGCAACGGGCUGACAGUUUGUGAGUUUCAAACAACAUUUGAAUAAGUCUAGCCUCCUCCGUCAACUAUAGGCGGAGUUUGAUUCA